AUGUUCUCUGAUGGUAUUUUGGACCUGAUUGCCUCCAACGUCAUCACCAAUAAGAAAAAGGUUGUACGGCCUGGUAAGCUGGUGGUCUCGUUCGUCUAUGGUACAAGAAAGUUAUAUGAUUUCCUCAACAACAAUCCCAUGGUUGAAUUUGGUGAUGUCCAGUGGGUCAACGAUCCAGCAAUCAUCCGACAGAAUCCCAAAAUCGUCGCAAUAAAUUCAGCUGUAGAGAUUGACCUCACUGGACAAGUGGUCUCCGACUCGGUCGGCAAGCGAUUCUUGUCGGGUUUUGGUGGCCAAGUAGACUACAUUCGUGGUGCAGCCAUCGGUAAUGACGGUGAAGGCAAGCCAAUCAUCGCUCUUCCGUCGGUUUCGAAGAAAGGCCAGAGCAAGAUUGUGCCCUACAUACAGGAGGGAGCCGGCGUUGUUACAUCUCGAUCUCAUGUUCACUACGUUGUCACAGAGUACGGUAUUGCUCAGCUGUGGGGUAAGAACAUGCGACAAAGAGCGUACGAACUCAUCAAAAUUGCUCAUCCAUCGCAUCGUGAACAACUGGAGAAGGCAGCUUUCGAGAGGUUAAAGGUUAUGCCAUCUGCUGACUAA